ACUUCCGAAUGAAUUGUGGCGCUGUGUGCCCAUAUGUGAACAGGCCUUUAUGUAUUUGCAUUUUAUCAGCUGUUCACCAAUAGUUGUAUUACAAGUGCAAGUAAAAAGCAAUUGAAACUGAUUUAUAAUAAUAUAUACAUAUGUAAUUAUGUUUUGUGCAAAGUAAAAUGAAGAAAAUGCGUAAAACUGUAAGCAACACAAAUUAUAAUUACACAUAGUUCACACGUUAACCUUCGCAUUGAUACAACAUCUACAAUAAUAUAACAGAUAAAAUGGAAGAUGCAUGAGAAUUAUAAAAUGAUUUGCACUAAUUAACUGGAUAUGGCAGUAUUGCAAAAUUUUCAAUUAUUUAGCAUUUGUCAUUGGCUGUUCUGCGUGCUGUGCGUGCUGUGGAAUUAAUCUGUUAAAAACAUGAAAAGGAAAUUACAACAAAAAAGAAUAAAAAGAUGGACACAAGAUGAGAUAUGCAAAAUUAUUGACUAUAUAGCGGAAUAUGGAAAUUUGGAGAAACCAACAGCACGGAUAUACUAUGAAACAUUUCUGCAAGUAUCGCCGAUCGAUGCGACAUGGGAUUUAAUAAAAUGGAAGGUGCGUCAUUUAAAAGCAAUAUUCGCAAAGGCGGAGCAAUGGACCAGCUCUGCUGAAGCUAAGUCACUAAGUACUGAUCGGUUUGUUGAACGAUUGCAGAAAAUGUGUCCAUAUUAUCACCGUUUACGAAAGAUAUUUGGCGAAAAACAAGCGCAAAUCGUGGAGAUUCUUGAAUCAAACGACUCAUUUUCCGAUUGUUAUAAUGACGAAUUCGAAGAUAAUAAUGACAUGGCUGUGGAUGUAAAAGUAUUCGCCGACUUCAAUGCAUUGGAAAACUUUUAUCCAGUUGAAACUGUGGAAAGCAUAAAUUUGGCAAAUAAAUCGUGCCCCGAAGUGGAAGUCACGCAAAUGUCAACCAAUUCGACACCAGCACUUGCUGAUGUUCUAAAUGAGCAGUUGAUUGCAGAAACAGAGUGUGGAGUAACGGUGCGAGAUGGCGCAAGAGACAGAAUAAACGAGCAAAUGGGUGCUAAGAAACAGAAAAAAGAAUCGCUGCGUCAUUCACUCUCCGCCUUAAGUCAGAGUCAAGAAAGUCGAAACGAAAUGCACCGAUUACGGCUCAAAUUUGAAGAAUAUAAAUUCGUGCAGGAAUUUCAAUUUGUCAAACAGAAAUUUGAAGCAGAAAUGGAGUUGAAAAAGCAAGAACUCGAGUUAAAGAAAAUGGAAAUCGAAAGUAAUGAAAAGCUGAGGCUCAUGGAAAUUGAGAAAAGCGAACGUCUUGCUAAAUAUGAACUAAAUUUGAAGUACAAUUGUCACAAUGAUAGUUUGCAUACCGAUUAGGGGAUUUGAGUUGAAGUGUAUACAUUUUUACAUAAUUUAUGUUGCAUUGAAUGGUUAUUGCAUAACGAAAUUUAAAUAACUAUUUUUUGUUGGAGUUAAAUUUUCCUAUAACAACUAAACAUAUAUUUAUAUACUAUAUAUAUGUAUAUGAUAUUUCUUUAUAUAUGUAUGUAUGUAUGUGAAGAUUUUAAAUAAUAUUUGUUUUUGUGAACAUUUGAAGUAUAAAUGUUUGUUGUUGCAGCAGUUAAAAUUUCAUUUGAGGAUGAUUUUGUUGCCACAACACACCGUUAGUAUAUCUAAUUACAUACAUAUGUGUAUGUAUUUCGUAACUAAACGGUGGAACGAUACAGUUCAUACCGCGAGUUCAAUCAACAAAUAUUUUGUUAUAAUUAAUUUAGAAUUAAGUGAUGUUUAAUUAAUUGAUAAUUAAUUUAGAAUCUAAGAUUAUCGAUCGUGAUAUUAAUGUUUUGAACGAUGAAAUUUUUACAAAAGUAUUUGGAUUUUUGUAUGCAUGAAUAAAUAGAAAAUAUUUUUAAAUAUG